AACAAUAUUUUUUUUUUUCAUUCAUUUUCUUUGUGUUGUACCCUUAAUUAAUCAUUGAAUAAAACUUACUAUUUUUCUGGUGUAUUCAAUUCAUUAUUUUCAUUAGCUUUUGUGAUGGCAUGGUCUCCUACAUGUGCUACAAGGGCUUACCUUGAUACCCUUCAACUGUGUAAUAAUGUUGAUAGAAAACAAAGUAGCUUUUGGAGAGUACAAGAGCUAGGAAGUAAUGAAUAUGUAUCAGCAUUAGCAGCAGGAAUGAAAGCAAAACUUAUAGUUGAAGUAACAUCGUCUCCUGCAUCAUCAUCAACAAUAGCCCUUGCAGCUGCCGCGCGACAAACUGGAGGCAAACUUGUGUGUAUUCUCCCUGAACCAGUUCUUGAUGAGUCCAAAGAAUCUAUCAACAACUCAGGACUUAAAGACCAAGUAGAAUUUAGAACUGAAGAUCCAUCGAAGUUAUUACCGCGCUACAAAAACAUUGAUUUCUCCCUUAUAGAUUGUAAAGAUGAAAGCUAUGUAAUGUUGCUCAAUUUGCUAAAUGUUAAUCCUGUUAAAUCUGUUGUGGUUGCAAAUAAUUUGGUUGGUGAUAGAAAAGGGUUGGAAGGGUGUGUAAGAAGAAAAGAUGAGAAAGUAGCAGUAAGAUCUGUGAAACAUCCUAUAGGCAAAGGUAUGGAAGUAACUAUGAUUAGCAGGAAUAAUGAAAUUGAUCAUAAGAGACAUGUCAGAAAUCAUCAUCAUGCAAGAAAAAAGAACAAGAGCAAGUGGAUUGUAAAGUUUGAUGAGAAAAGUGGUGAGGAACACAUAUUCAGAUUACCUCAAGUUGACUUGUUAUGGAAUUAACAUUGAAGCCAUGACACAAACACGGACAUAACAUCGACGUUGGUAAUAAUUUGAGAAAGUUGAAUAUUUGAAUUAACCACAUCUAGUCGAUGAUAUGUUGAAUAUCAGACACACCUUCAAUUUGAAGUGUCGGUGCUACAAAGAUUCCUUCUAAAACAAUAUUUUACUUUUGUAUUAAUUUAUCCAUACAUGGAAAUUAAUAUAAGAAGAAUAUAUCAAAAAGGUUUCUAAUGAACUGACCCUAAGAUUGUGCAGGGUUUGUAAUAGUACAUACUACAUAGUAUUUUUAAUCAAAAUCUCCUACACAUAAUGCUAAACAAAGUUGGUGUCUAAAAGGAAAUUGAAUUAACUACUACCUUAGCUUUGUUAUUACUCAUUAAGAUGUCUAUGAGCUUUUAAAACAUAUCUUGUUGAAAUUUGAAAAAUUUUAUGUUUAAAUAAUUUUGAUUGGAGUAUGAAUCAACGCUGCUCAUAAAAAUAUAUAAAAAAAUGAUCCAAAAAAG